AUGCUUGUGAAUCCCCAUGGUGAAUACACAAAGUUUGCUCCCAUACUCUUUCUUCAUCCAGAGCAUCCCAACAAAGACAAAUUUCUCAAAACAGCAAAGCUUGUUCGGGUCUUAAAAGUAGCACUUUUUGGGAAAUCCUCCCUUUCUGCCACCUAUGCUCCAGCCCUCAAGACUAAAGCCAAACUUUGGCAAUUACAGAAUACCACUCUGGGUAUGAUUGCUGCUGCUGCUGUUGUUGCAAUAUUUGUUCUUUUGGGCGACAAGGAUUUGUACGCGAAGAACACGACAGAUGCAGGCACUUCCCACAAUAGUUGGGAAGAGGAACUUGAGUAUGCCAUGGAAGAGGGAGGCAACGGGCCAGCUUUUCAAUUUGAUCCUGUCAUUGCACCUGUUACUCAGUGUUCUGAGUCCAUUGUGGAUCCACCCUCUGCCUCUGUCACACGCUCACCAUCUGCCUCUGUUGCACUGCCAGCAUAUUAUGCUUCUGCUGUUGCAUUUCCACCUGCCCCUGUGACUGCCCCUGUUACUUUGCCCUCAGCUGCUCCUAUCAUCGUGGCACCAUCUGACUCCAUCUCUUCGGCAAUGCAAGACCUUACCUUGGCAGGUGGUCCUCCCCUUGUAGAGCCUGAUGUGGUUGGGGCUGUCCCCCCAAAACCAAAACCAAAACCAAGGCAGAUGAAUCAGGCGCUGAGGUUCACAGCACCCUCGUGCACCAAUUCUAUUGCUGCCUCUCCCACCACUCAGCUAUUCCUCUCCUGCAACCAGCAACAGCGGUGGCGACAACCACAUGCAGCACUCUCAAGACAAACAGAAAUUGGGCAUCAUCAGGAGCUCUGGUAG